CAAUAUAGAUUAAAUUGACUUGGUAAAAUUAACAAACUCCAUACUUGCACAUUCAAUUUUAAGUUCAAUGAUGACUUUCACUAUGAUCACCUUUUCCUUGAAAUUUCUUCUCUAAUGACUGUGAAUGCUUGAUUGAGUGGUAAAGGCAAUAAUAUUCCUAGAUUUGUAACUUUUUUACUAUUUGUAGGAUUUUAUGUAGUUAUCUCCAAAAUUGUGUUGUUAUUUGUAAUUUCAUCUGCAUCGAUAUAAAUCUUCCUUUCCCUGUUCAUUGAAUAGUUGUUGGCACAUCACUUGCUUCAUUAUUCAAAAACAAAAUGAUUAUUGCUGGUUUGGUAAAGAAGAAUAAUUGAGGAUGAGAAAAGUUGGCUUAAUGCAAGUCAUCUCCAUUUUCUGCUGAUAGGUCCGGGGUUUAGGUUACAUUUUUUGGUUUGUGGUUGAUCCCUCAAGGAAGAGUUCAAAUCUGAACAGAGAUAAAAUGUUAAGUAAUUUUUAUUAUCUGCUUUAAGUUUUCAUAGAAAAUGAACUUUAGCUACUAUAUCGAAUCUGUGUCUCCUGCUGUUCUCCAGGAAAUCGUGGCCCGGCUCGCAGUUGUUCAACCGUUUCUCUAGGAGAUGUGUUGCUAAAUGAUUCAUGUUACAACCAUCUCCGAAUUUUUAGAAUACCCUCAUACCUUCUCUGGAGACAUAGAUCUAGGUUACUGCUAUUUGAGUCGACAGUACUCCACUAUUGACCAGAAAGAUACCAAAUUUUCGUUAAAUGUUUCAAGUGUGGUAUAGGUAGAAGGAACUGGUAUGAAAAAACCUUAUGGACAUGGUUUGAAAAAGGUGAAGUUUGAGGUAGAGUAAAACCGGUUAUUCAAUACUUGUGCUGGUGGAAGUAGUAGGUAGUUGGUGAAAUAGAUGAGCAUGACAUUGACCGUUAUGAAACAACAACAACAUACUCCGUAUAAUUCUACAAGUGGGGUCUGGGGAUGGAUAGCUGUUUUUCAAAAAAAUUAUAAUCGAGGAAGCUUAUGAGUCAUGUUAAGUAUGUUUUAUGUGCUUACUUGUAUUGUCCUUUAGUCAUGAAUUUCUUACAACAAUUGGCAUUAUUCUAGCAACUUCCUCUUUAGAAAGAAUUGUUAAAUUGGUAGAGAAUCAAUUUGCAUGUGGCCAACUAGCCAAAGCAAUUAACACUAACAAGCCAUUACCCAUGAAUUAAUCAUCUAUAAACCAUUAACUUUUUUUCCUUUCAAAUUCAAGAAAUACAAAUGUCUUUAGCAACCAUUUUCUUGUUCCUCUUCUGCUUUUCGGUUGUUGUUUCAGCCAAUGAGAAGACAUCAGCCUAUGAAGAGCUUCAACACUAUGACUUCCCAAUUGGCAUUCUUCCUAAAGGGGUGAUAGGCUAUGAGUUGAACUCAAAAACAGGCGAGUUCUCGGCGUAUCUCAAUGGCUCAUGUAAGUUCAUGUUGAGUUCAUAUGAGCUAUAUUAUAAACCUGUGAUAAAAGGAGUUAUAUCAAAAGGGAGGCUAAUGAAAUUGAGUGGUGUUACUGUUAAAGUUGUAUUUCUAUGGGUUAACAUUGUUGAGGUUAGGAGAAGAGAUGACAAUCUCCAAUUCUCUGUUGGAUUUACUUCUGCAAAUUUUCCUAUUAGGAGCUUUGACAAAUGCCCUCGUUGUGAAUGUGGAUUGCAUUGUGUUAACGAGGGUGAUGGGGACUUCAGGCAAAAGCUCCCCGUGUCUUCCUCGUAG